GCAACAGGAGAGUCUCAGGCUAGUACUCUCUAUCUCUCGACCAUGCAAUAGUCAUAUUUAUCAUUAUUGCAGUGGAUUUUUAUCGACGAGCACACACACACCGCUCAUUUACAUCUGAUAAAAGACAAAAUGUUUGUCAAAAAGUCAUCACAUGGUCGCUCUGAAAGCUUCACCAGCAAAUAUCGAGCCGGCAAGUCGACCUCAACUUCGACAUCCCGGAGUAUGAAACGAUCAUUCCGAGAGCAUGCUGCCGGAGGUCAUUCAUCGGAAAGUAGACAUGGGAAGCACAGUUCUCCUCUAGCAGAGCAAAACCUCACCUCAGCCGUAGUCACAAUCUGCGUUGGACAAGACCAACGCCUCUUCGCCGCCCACGAAGACGUCCUAUCCCUAUCACCGUUCUUUGCUGCCUGUUGCCGGGGCCAAUUCCUACAAGCUCACAACAAGCAAAUCAGCCUACCGGAUGAAAGACCCGAGGUUCUAUCCUCGGUUCUCGAAUAUCUCUACAAGGGCGAUUAUUAUCCCCGACUUAUACACAAUAAGCGUCGGGAUACCUGGUUGUUGGAGGAUGAUAUGAUGGAUAUUGAUGGCGGGGAUGGGAAGGAUGCUGCAUACCUUCAUCAGGAGGAUGGGAGCAUCAUAUUGAAAGAUACUGCCAUGUACUGUGCAGCAGAACGGUACAAAUUGCCAGAACUCAAACGCCUCGCUCUCCGCAAACAAGGUCUCCAGUCGGGCAUACACUGCAGCACGAUCCUGACUAGUGCUCGAUAUGCGUAUGCAAAUACUCCGGAGACCGACAGCCAGCUACGUGCCCAUUACCUUGCGUUGAUAAUCAGGAGCAGAUCAACAUUCAAAAGGAGUGGUACUAUGCAAAUGGAGAUGGAAAAAGGCGGGAAAGUAUUUUUUGAUUUGUUCGUGGCCAUGUGUAACCAUAUGGAUGAUAUUGCUACCGCCUCUCCAACUUUGAGCAGGAAGACAUAAAUACUUCUCCUCUUCGGCCGUCUCCAUCUCUAUUAACUGGGAUCUCCAGCAAAUUGUCCCUGUGUGUACCAUAUCAACUUCUACCUACCCAACUUAAUUUGUAAUAUAUCUCACCACCAUCCCAAGAUGAAGCCGAUACCCAUUUCUUCUUUCCUAUUGUUUGCUUACAAGUCCCUCUCGUACUCAAACCUGGCUCUCCAUUCAACCAGAUUGUGAUACCUUGUUGGUUAUAUCUAUGAUGUUGCAUUUUUCUUUUUCUUGCUCUAUUUCAUUUAUAUUGUGCGGAUUCCGGGGCUAAAUGAUUUCUGUAUCCAGAUUGUCAAUUUGCUUUUCAUAUUUCUGCCAUGAGUCAUGUUG